AUGACUUCGUGGACUCGACUAGUUGGGAUAGCCAGGAAUCCUGGAGUUUUUCGCUGUUCUACGUUAUUACCCACUUCAGGAUCCAAAAAUGUGCCUAUUGUACUGCGAAGACCCAACUGGGUCAAUCCAAAGUAUCGUUUUAAGAAGAAAUCCAAGUCUGCGAUGAAGUCUCGAGAUGUGAUCAUCGAAGGAGCUGGCGAAGUAUCGGAAAUAUCAAAUCGAAUCAGUGACUUUAAAUACUACUUGAAAACCACAGAAAUCCCUCAGAAGCUCCGAUUGAGUCUCUUAAAAACUAAGUUGGCAGAGAUUGUCCAUGACGUUGACGACUACUCGUCCAAUCAGGAGAUGAUCUCCACAAUAAAUGCCGUCUUUAUGCAUCUAUAUCGAACCCACGGCGGGUCCUUGGAGGGAAUAUUGUCUCCGGAUGAGAUAUAUAAGCUCUUCCAGAAAACUGCUGGUGGUCUUCCACAGUCUGGACUGUUUGAAUUACCAGAGUUCAUGGUGAGGUUAACUCAGCAAUUCUUGACUUCAGACCAGAUAGUUCCUGACAAGACUUUGUUACUGAUCAUUACGCUCGGUUCAUCGUUAAAGUUCAGUGAGUUCUCGGCCAUUCUAGGAUACAUUAUCAAGAACAAAAAGUCUCUUCUAUCAUCCACAUUCUCGAAGGCUGUUUUGGACCAUUUAAAGGAUCGGAAUGAAUUGAAUUUGGCAAGUUACGAGGCGUUCUUGUCAGUUUCUAAUGGUGAAAUAUCUCCUUUAUUACUCACUGAUGAAUUUGCUACUUCUUUUAUGAGCUUCGUCGAGACUCUAUUUGAAGAGAGAAACCCUAGAGUUCACGAGUACCAGGAAUUGGAUAAGAAUGUCUACAGGAUCCAGUUCGUGACUAACAGGUUAAUCGAGCAAGCAUUCGAUCACUUGCAAACGAAUACGUGCUUGACAUUGUUAAAGUUCAAGGCAGACUUGAAUACGGUGGUUGCAUCAGACCUUGAUGUGCUAAAAAUACAAAAGAUGUUUACCAUCCUCAAUGAAAAGGGAAAGGACUCUGAUUUCAUGGAUAUAAAGGCAGUCAUCUUCAAGCAUGACUUGUUUGACGAAUCGUUGGCAGACACAUUAUUAGUGGAGUUGACAAAGCAAAGAGAGCUCUUUGCACAGAUGAGAUUGAGCUUAAGUGAGUUUAUUAUGGCUGAUGAUGUAAAGUUCUCUCUGUCACUUCGAUUGAAGGCCGCCAUAAUGCAGGUGAUUGAGUCAAGUGAAGACUCUGAGGAAGAUUUGUUACCAGUUCUCAAGUCUGUUUUUACUCCCUAUUUAGAACUGACAGAGAACUUACAGGAUAGUUAUACGAACAUUGUGCAAGUUCUCAUGUUUUCUGGAAAAGCAGAGCCAAACGGUACCAUAAUUCAGAGAUUAAAAGAGGUUUUUCAAGUUAACUAUGAAUUUGAACCAACAAUUUUGUCAUUUCAGUACAGAAUUGACAGGGGUAUUGAAAUGGAAGAUGCUGUGCAAUCGUAUCAAGUAUUUGAAGAAAGUUUGAAGUAUGGCUCCGUGCAUUGGAAUCUUAACAGUGAUCCAUCUAUUCUGCAGACCUUGAGCAAGUUGAUUCAAGCUCUCGGCGAGACUGAAGAGGGCAUUUCGACCAUAUUUCCAAAAUUCAGAAAGAUCAAGCUGCAUAUGUCAACCCAGGUAAGUGCAGAAGCCAUUAAUGCAUUGGCAAAGAAAAUGCUUGUGGAGGAAUGUGUGGGAGAUACCAAGGAACUUCUUAAAAGAGAGCUCCCUACCAUCCCGAAGGACUCAGUGACGAGAAUUCAAGUCACACCUCCUUGGGCAUAUGCCUAUGGCGAGCUUUUCAACACUUUGCACAACUUUGUUAUUUCCUACGCAAAUGAAGAAACUCAUGAGACCAACUGGGUGUUGUAUGGAGAGUUGCAUAAAUAUUUCGAAGUUCCUUACAACACUUACAUGCCAGCACUCGAGUUUUUUUGCAAAGUUGACCGAUUGAACGCAGCGUUAGUAAUUUUUCGCCAGAUCAAGAAGUUAAAUGAACUUCACGGCACAACCCAGUACUUGCCUCCACUGAGAGAUAUGUACAUGUUUCUUCUCCGGACUUUUGGGGAUCGCUUGUAUGAAGAAGGUGUAGUUGAGAUUCAUGAAUACUUGAACAUGGAUGUUCAUAUUCAAGACCAGGAUAUCGACUUGCAGAACUGCAUUCUCAACGCAUAUUCCAACUUGCAAAGUGUUGGAAGGGCCAGAGACCUCUUCUUGACGAUCUCAGCCAAUGCUAAGCAGAAUGGUGGCAUCAAUGAGGAAACCAUCCAGAUUAUGAUCAAGACGUACACAUAUAGUGACAUGUUGUAUGUGAAGAAGUUCUGGAACAACCUCUCACAAUUUGGCAUUUUCCCCGACUAUAACAUUUACAAGCAGUACUUGAUUGCUCAUGUAUAUCAUGGGUUGACGGAAGAUGCUUUCGCAUUAGUUGACGAGAUCGACGACUAUAAUAUCGACUUCUCUCCCGAUUUGCUUUUGUCCAUGUAUAACUACUGCUUGGAUCUGGAAAAGCAAGUUGAGAUUGAGAAAUGGGCAAUAGAAAACCACAGAGAAGAAUGGGAAUCGGUAAAACAAUCAGGGUUAUUGAAAACUGCCUCCAAUUACAUGCCAGACACUAAUUUACUCAUAGAUGGUGGCCACGACUAA